AUGUCUGAAGAAGUGUGGAGUGGAAAUCAAGGUACGCUGUCUGUAUAUGUGAGCAAAGCCAGAGACCUGCCCAAUCUGAAUAAGCUGGACAAGCAAAAUGUGAUGCUUAGGUUACGAAUAGCUCAUAUGACAAGAGCAAGUAACACUUUACAUCGGGCAGGUCAAAAUCCUGUUUUCCGUUACUUGGAAAAAUUCGAUAUUACCCCCGAAAUUAAGCCUUUGAUGUACGUGGAGGUCUACUGCGAUAGAAGAAAGAAAUCUCCCCUUCCCAUUGGGAGAUGUGAAAUAGAUCUGUUAAAUGCUAUUAGGGCAGACCCGAAGGAAGGUUAUUGCACCUGGUAUGAACUGAAGAGAAGCGGGGACGAAUUUGCUGGUACCAUAUUUAUUGAGUUGACAUUUACUCCAAAAGUACCUCGUCUAAACAGAGAUGACCUUAACAAAGAAACGGAUAGGUUGGAUUCCUCAAUGGCAAUGAGACCCAUGCCGCCAUUACCAACCGAGUUAGAAUACGACUAUGUCCACGGCUCUACAAUGCGACAGGUCACUCCACAAUUGAGCGCUACAACUACUAAGAUUAGAUCCGAGGGACAAUCAUAUAGAAAUGCGAAUAUUUUUUCAAUGUCAUCCAAAUCCGACACAGCAGUCUUAGCUAACGAUACCGAUCCGAUCGUUUUGCCACCAACUUUUGCAUCUUCCAUGGGGACAACGUCUACCCUAGAGACUAAUGACACUGUUAUAUCGAACACUUCGGAUACUAAGUUCCAUUUUGCCAAUCUGAGAAAAUUAAAGGAAAAGAUAAAUAUUUUCAAGAAUCCAGAUAGUUCGACAAAUAAUUGCCAAAAUGAAGCUAAUAAAGUGGACAUUGAGGCUCUUCAAAAAGCCAUUGGUGUAACCUCCUUGUCUUACGAUGAUGACGAUGAGGAAAUACAGGAAGGGUUCUAUUCUUCAAGUCAUAGGGUUUCGCAUAACUUAAACCAACCACCAUUACCUCCUAUACCAACUAGAGACGAUACAUCUACUUAUUCGAGAUCACGCAAUAGGUCUCCUAUACCGAAAGGUAGAGAGGCUCGCCAGCAAUCGGUUCCUUUCAACUCGCAUAUUCCUUCUUCAGUUUUGAAUUCUCCAAAACUACCACCACUACCGACAGGUUCAAAUUCCAAUUUCAGUUCAAGGAAAAAUUCCAUGUCUCCCACAAGGAGAAGACCACCGCCAAGGUUUUAG